GAGCUCCCCGCGGCCCCGCGGCACCCUCUGGCAGACUCCGCGGCGGCGACGGCUCGGGUGGACCGGGCACCGCGCGCAGGCUCGGAGCUAGACCUCGCUGCAGCCCCCUUCGCCUCCGGUAGUCGCACUCGUCGAGUCUGUCCGCUGGCCGGUCAGUGCGCUCUUCCUCCUCCACCCUCUCGGGUCCCCUCAGCACACUACGCGCCCUGAUGGCGGAGCUGCGGCCUAGCGGCGCCCCCGGCCCCACCGCGCCCCCGGCCCCCGGCCCUACUGGCACUCCAGCCUUUGCCUCACUCUUCCCCCCGGGUCUGCACGCUAUCUACGGAGAGUGCCGCCGCCUUUACCCUGACCAACCGAACCCGCUCCAGGUUACCGCUAUCGUCAAGUACUGGUUGGGAGGCCCAGACCCCUUGGACUAUGUUAGCAUGUACAGGAACGUGGGGAGCCCUUCUGCCAACAUCCCUGAGCACUGGCACUAUAUCAGCUUUGGCCUGAGCGAUCUCUAUGGUGACAACAGAGUACACGAGUUUACAGGAACAGAUGGACCCAGUGGUUUUGGGUUUGAAUUGACAUUUCGUCUGAAGAGAGAAACUGGAGAGUCUGCACCACCAACAUGGCCUGCGGAGCUGAUGCAGGGCCUGGCCCGAUAUGUGUUCCAGUCAGAGAACACCUUCUGCAGCGGAGACCAUGUGUCUUGGCACAGCCCUUUGGAUAAUAGUGAGUCAAGAAUUCAGCACAUGCUGCUGACAGAGGACCCACAGAUGCAGCCUGUGCAGACACCCUUUGGGGUAGUUACCUUCCUCCAGAUUGUUGGUGUCUGCACUGAGGAGCUACACUCAGCCCAGCAGUGGAAUGGGCAGGGCAUCCUGGAGCUGCUGCGGACAGUGCCUGUCGCUGGUGGCCCCUGGCUGAUAACUGACAUGCGGAGGGGAGAGACCAUAUUUGAGAUCGAUCCACACCUGCAACAGGAGAGAGUUGACAAAGGCAUCGAAACAGACGGCUCCAACCUGAGUGGUGUCAGUGCCAAGUGUGCCUGGGACGACUUGAGCCGGCCUCCCGAGGAUGAUGAGGACAGCCGAAGUAUCUGCAUCGGCACACAGCCCAGGCGGCUGUCUGGCAAAGACACAGAACAAAUCCGGGAGACGCUGAGGAGAGGACUGGAGAUCAAUAGCAAACCCAUCCUUCCACCAAUCAACCCUCUGCGGCAGAACGGCCUCACCCAUGACAGAGCUCCGAGCCGCAAAGAUAGCCUGGAAAGUGACAACUCCACGGCCAUCAUUCCCCAUGAGUUGAUCCGCACACGGCAGCUUGAAAGUGUACACCUGAAAUUCAACCAGGAGUCAGGAGCCCUCAUUCCUCUCUGCUUGAGGGGCAGGCUCCUGCACGGACGGCACUUUACAUAUAAAAGUAUCACAGGUGAUAUGGCCAUCACAUUUGUCUCCACGGGAGUAGAAGGUGCCUUUGCCACUGAGGAACAUCCUUAUGCAGCUCAUGGACCCUGGUUACAAAUACUGUUGACAGAAGAGUUUGUUGAGCAAAUGCUGGAGGACUUAGAAGAUCUGACUUCUCCAGAGGAAUUCAAACUCCCCAAAGAAUACAGCUGGCCUGAAAAGAAGCUCAAAGUCUCCAUCCUCCCGGACAUGGUGUUCGACAGCCCACUGCACUAGCCCGAGCGGGGCCCUGUGAGGGCCAAAGGGAGCCCAGCUGCUCCCCGAAUGACUUCCAGUGUAGCUGUGUAAAUGCCAUUCCCACCAAUUAAAAGACAGGCGUGAGGAUGAUUGCACAGGCACUGUACACACAGCUCAGUGGAAUGCUGUGCAGGACAACCAUGGGUCCCACCUCACUUCCAGCUCAAGAGCUGCACCCCCAAGCUGGCCGGACCCAUGUGACCAGGCCCUCAUCGCAGGGGCCAGUGAGCAGGCACAUGCCAACUCUCCCACCUGCUGCCACCACAGGUUCUGGCUUGCGAUUUGACUCUGGACUCACAAUGCACUCAUGGACGGGCACAGGCCUCGUCCUCCUGUGCCCUGGUUCAGAAUACACCAGGGCGCCCUGUCCAGCUCAGCCCUGGCAAGCCUUUACUUGUUGGGGUGUUCCAGCCCCAGAACAAUUCUUCUGAUUAUGUUUGGUUUCCUUUUUCCUUAUUUUAUUUUGUAGAAACCGGAUGAUAUUUUAUAGCUCAGCAAAGAUGUUCACAGGUCAUGUAUAUAGUGUUUUUUAAACAGAACUUUAUUCCCAGAUGAACUUUAGCAUUCCUCAGACAAGGGCCCAGGGCUCUGCCUCCAGAGAAGGUGCCCUGUGCUUCCUGCGAGCACUAGGCCUAGAGGAGCUGGCUUCAUACAAGGGCUUUUCUUAGCUGAGCCUGGAGCAAGAGAAGAGAAAGAGAGACACUCUCCAGCCUAGAACCUGGUUUUGUGAGAGACCAGGUGGUUUUCCAAGUGAUCUAGGCCCCAGAAGGUUGAGGGGACUUCAGGGACUAAGGGUUUAUUGGUUCCAGCCUUGUUUUCCAUUUUUCUACCCAAUCAAGAUGAGAGCAUAAGGCCCACUGCCUCAUUCACCAUCCCUGCUUCCCACUAAGAGCCUGUGGUCUUCAGCAUUUUAACCCCCCUGUCCCUUUCCUUGACCCCUGGGCUUCCCAGUUUCUAGACUGGCUUAUUAAAAUGAAAAGUCAACCUCUCAACUUCUCUUUCACUUGGAUUCUGCUGACACUGCUCUUGCUACCCUCCAUCUUCCUGCAUCC